AUGAUUGGCCACAGGUUGACAAAGGAUCCGCUGAUUUAUCUGGGCAACAUUCUGCGUCUGCCGCACUACCGUAGGCAGUUUUUCGCAAAGAGUCAACAGCAGCAGCAACAACAGAUGGGUGCAGAGGGCUCUGCGGGCGGCGAGGAGUUGACUACGAGUGCUUCUGAUGGUGAGCUUCCGCAGGAACUAGCCUACAUGUGA